AUGGAGAAGUUGGGAAACGAAUCACUGAGAUUGUGGAUGAAGUUAAACAGAGCAACGGUGAAAUUAUUCUUUUCAUUGAUGAUUUUCAAAGGCCGGUUGGUUCUGAUCACUAUGGACAACAUGCUCCGCGGGAUGCGGCCAACAUUUUGGUACCUUUUCAUUGAUGAUUUUCAAAGGCCGGUUGGUUCUGAUCACUAUGGACAACAUGCUCCGCGGGAUGCGGCCAACAUUUUGGUACCUUGUCUUGCUCGAGGGGAGCUACAGACAAUUAAGAUUCUCACAGGACUGAAGAAGGAAUUUGAGGAUCAUCAUAAGGUUUCAUACUCCGAUGAUGCUUUGAUCGCUGCAGCAAAACUUUCUAAACUGUACAUUAGGAGGCAGAGUAAGAUGUAUGGUAAUAUUACUAAUGGAGAAAAGAAACUGCAUUCUGGUAGUGUAGAUGAGCCUAUUGAUGGUAUUGGUAGUUCCGACAAAGUUGUGAGUUGUGAAAUGAUCAAACAAGUAAUUUCUUCUCGGACUAGGAUUCCAGUCGAAAAAGUAUCUGUUGACGAUUCCAUUUGGGUUCUUCACAUGGAGAAUAUUCUUCGGGAGCAUAUAGUCGGACAGGAUAAAGCAUUGCGAACAGUUGCUCGAGUUGUUCGCAGAUCAAGGGUUGGCCUGAGGAAUCUUGGCCGUCCCAUUGCUAGUUUCAUUUUCAGAGGGCCAACUGGUGUAGGGAAAACUCAAUUGGCUAAGUUACUAGCCAGGGAAUAUUUUGGAUCUAAUAAGGAAUCAAUGAUCAGGUUGGACAUGAGCGAGUAUACGGAAAGAUGUUCAGUUUCUAGGCUCCUCGGAUUGUUUCAAGAUGGGAUGGGACAAGUUGUUGAUUUUAGAAACACCAUAAUCAUAAUGACGUCGACUAAAGAUCUCUACCUUAACAAUGUAGAACUGAAGAGAAUUUUCAGCCUAGAGUUUCUCUACAUGGUUGAUGAGAUUGUUGAGUUCAAAUGGCUUGGAAAGAAUGAGCUGGUGAAAAUUGUGGACAUAAUGCUGAAGGAAGUUUGUGAAACGAUUGUCGACAAGAAGAACGUAACUAUUGAAAUUUCAAUGAGGUUAAAGGAGAAAUUGAUUUCUGACGGUUGCAAUUAUUGCGGUGAUUAUGGAGCAAGGCCACUCAAGAGAGCUAUAACAGUAUAUCUAGAAGAUAAGUUGGCAAAAAGCAUUUUGAAUGGUAAUGUCAAGGAAGGCAAUUUUGUAGCUGUCGAUGUUGAUUCGAAGGGCAAUGUUCUUCUUUCUUCAAAGAGUAAGAACAUUGGAAAACAAUCGUGA